AAAAGGAACACAAAACACAACCGUCUCUAACAGUACACUGAAAUCUGAACACACACACAGUAGAAGAAAAGAAAAGGAAGGUGAAGAUGAAGAAGGAGAUGGGUUUUCUCAGCGGGGUUCAAAAGUCGCUGAAACGAAUCUAUCAUUUCCCCACCAAUCAGCUGGGUCUCUUUAAUCUCUCUCAACCAAAUUCGAAGGAGGCCAAUAUCUUGUUCUUGGGCCAGAAUAUGGACUGCAAAAAGGCUGUGAUUUCCAACCUCUCGGAUGAGGUGUCAUCUGAGUACUCGACAUCAUGGGAGUUUAGUAAUGGCGAAAUCAAGUUUAAAGUUUUUGAUUUGGGAGAACAUAGGAUUGCUCACAGAGCUUGGAGUGACUACAGUGCCAAGAUGGAUGCAGUUGUGUACAUUGUGAAUGCUGAUGCUCUAACUCAGGAGGAACUUUUGGGGCCAGGAGAAGAGCUGAAUGCUCAACUCUGGGAGCAUUUUUGGGGGCCAAGAGAAGAGCUGAAUGCGCUACUCUCUGAUGAAGCCUUUGAGAAAGCUCCAUUCCUUAUUUUUGGCUUAACACCUACUGGAGUUCUUUUUCCAUUAACAGAGAGAUUGUGUUACUUCCUUGGGUUGCCCAAUGUCACCAUAGAGCUGGUAGACGCAAAUGCUCGUCCCAUUAAGGUUUUUGUGGCUGAAGCAUUACACGCAGAAGAGUAUCUAGAUGGUUUCAAGUGGCUUUCUCACUACAUUAAGUAGUGGUAGAGGUGGUACCUUUUUUAUGGAGAGAGAGUACAACUUACAUAUGCAUCAAACAUUCCUCUCAC